AUGCCCCUCAUAGACCACAACCACCUACUGCCGGCUGUCUACUCCCCGGAGGGCUUGUUCCUGGACUCAGGAGCUGAGCGGCUGCAGGAGACGGAAAGGCAGGCGGAGCGUGCAGGGCCAGACCGGCCGCGAGAAGGACACGGGACUAAGGAAGGGGACGUGCAGCGGCACCUCUACCUCCAGGACGUGCUUACGGGGGUGGCCGGGGUUCCCGAGAGGCCCAGGGUGCCUGAGUUCACCUGUCAGAUGGCGGGCUGCUGCCAGGUAUUCGACACCCUGGAGGAUUAUGAGCAUCACUACCACACUCUGCACAGAAACGUGUGCUCCUUUUGCAAGCGGGCCUUCCCCUCGGGACAUCUGCUGGACAUCCACAUCUUGGAGUGGCACGAUUCCUUGUUCCAGGUCCUGUCUGAGCGGCAGGACAUGUAUCAGUGCUUGGUGGAAGGCUGCACAGAGAAGUUCAAGACCAGCAAAGACAGGAAGGACCACCUGGUGAGACAUCACCUCUACCCUGGGGACUUCCGGUUUGAUAAACCAAAGAAAAGCAAAGGCCCAGCCACUUCCAUGGCUGCCAUGGAAGUGCCGACAGAAGCCAUGGGGGAUGAUGGGGACACCAUGGAAGUCUGCUCUGAACACGUGACACCACCCCCAGAGCCCGUGGGUGAGAAGCGGACCUACCGCCACAGAGUACCUUCCACCGUCUGUUUUGGUCAAGGUGCAUCGCGAGGAUUUAAAAGCACCAAGAACAGAAAUAAGCACUAGUGACAGCUGAGCCUGAGAGCGGGCCUUUGCCACCCUUCAUGUCUCGGUCCUUUGGGGGAUGGCGGGAUGACACCAGUUGCCAAUAUCAGCAAAGAGAGACCACAGAUUUCGGCAGUGACUCUGCUCCCAUCCCCUCCCUCUGUAGGGGCCAUCCUACAAGUGUUCUUUAUAAAGCAUAUAUUUUUUA